AUUUGCGGCCGUGCUGCAACAAAUAGGAAGCCCUUGGAAGUUGGAACGCUAUCCGGUAAGGUAACCGAGUGGAAUCGGAGACUUUACGAGGAGCAGCGCCGAUUGAGCGGUCCGGGUUAGCUUUCGAGUCCAACUUUCGGCCUCCCUCUCCAUCCAUCCAAGAAGGGGAAGAACAGAAGCGGUGUAAUUUAUUCUCUCCGUAAUCUUUCCCUCCGGAAGCGAUUAUUGUAGGUCAGAGCCUUCACCUCCCACUCUCUCCCUUUUAUGACCUCGAUCUAUUUCGUUACAAAUUUUUUCUUAUUUCGGUUUCUUUCAUCUACGAUUAAAAAAUCGAUGAUAAUAUCACUCAGAAUCUCGCUGAGAUGGCUUCAAAGAUUCCACCUUUCGUCUUCUCCACGCGAUUUUUUAUCCGGAUUUCUGUAAUCUGGUGUUUUGUUUCGAUUCCACGCGGUGCCCGCGUACAAUUCUCACCAAGAAAAAGCUUUUUGCAUCAGAGAUUUUGAUCUUUGAUCCCUUGAAGAUUUGGGGCAGAAACAGAGAUUAUUCUUUUUAGAAGCUGUUCAAAGACAAAUUUUUGUCAUCUCGAAGCCAUCUGUUGUCUGGGUUUUUAGAUAUUUUCCUCUUUUCAAUUCUAGAUGCCAUGCCUGGUGAACUAAUUGUUGUUCGAUCUGUAUGUGCCGUGUAAGCUCUAUCUCUCGAUGUCCUGAACAGAUUCAAAGCUGUUUGAAUGGCUAAAGAUCCUAUCUUUCAUUCAAAUCCUCGUGGUGUCCAUGUCUUAAGAUGUUGGGGACCUCGAUCUCCAAUGGUCCCUUUUGAUAUAUACAUAUUUUUAACUUUUUUCUCAUCUUCUCUCUUCUUUGAUACACCGUAAGAUGAUGCCAUUGAGAAGUUUGCUCCAAUGGCAUCAAAAAUUCCAACUUUCCUUCUCUCCAGGCGGCUUCUGAACCAGUCUUCUUUAAAAGCUCUUCGGUUUUAUUCAAUUCCCAGUGCUGCUUGUGUUCAAAAUCCUUCUGAAACAGAUAGCAGUACUCCAAACUCUGCUGAGUUUGAAUCUGCUACCCGCUCUCUCAGGAACAGGCUCCACCCGGACAGGUUGAUCCGCAUCUUGGAUUCCACUUUGGAUUUGAACUUGGCUGUUAACAUCUUCAAAUGGGCAUCCGUUCAAAAAAAUUUCCGGCCGACACUAGAAAUUUAUACCCACAUGAUAUUGAAGCUUGGUCUGGCAGAAAACCACCAAGAAAUGGGGGAUCUCUUGAAGGAGAUGGUGAAAUUGGAUCUCCCAAAUUUAGAAGAAGCAUUGGGUUUCAUGAUUCAUUCCUUUUGCCAAAACCACAGGCUAAUAGAAGCUUUAGAAGUUUUCAAACAUGCAAAUUCGGUGAAGCGCAUAUUGUCGGUAUUGUCAUGCAAUGCUUUAUUGGGCACUUUUGUGUCAAAAAGGGGAAAUUUUCAGUCUGUGAUGUUUGUCUAUAAGGAAAUGGUGAAAGCAGGGAUUCUUCCUGAUGUUGAAACAUUGAAUUACUUAAUAAAGGCACUCUGUGAGGCUGGUCACUUGGAAUUGGCGCUAAACCAGUUUCAUAAAAUGAGCAAAAAACAAUGCGCUCCAAAUAGUCAGACAUUUGAGAUACUCAUCAGUGCUCUUUGUUCAAGCGGCAGAGUAGAUGAAUCGGUCAAGGUUUUGAAUCAGAUGUUGGACCUGGGCUGCAAACCACAUCGUGACUUUUAUGUGAGUAUCAUACCUCUAUUUUGCAGGAUUAACAGAUUCAAGGAAGGAAUUGAGUUGUUUAGAAUGAUGAAAAAUACAGGUCUUCAGCUUGAGGCGCAUCUGUACAGUAUUUUAGUUCUAUGUUUAUGUGAAAAUCAACAAUUGGAUGAUGCAGUCGAGCUUUUUGAAGAUAUGUUAGCGUCAGGCUUUUCUCCUGUGAACAGUAUGCAUGUGGAUAUUGUGAAUGGGUAUUGCAAAAUGGGGAAGCUGGGCAAAGCAAUGAGCUUUUUGGAUGGGAACAAUACCUUGGAAAUUGAACCUUAUAAUGCCUUGCUCAAAGGUUUUUGUAAUGAGGGCAGGUUCCUGGAGGCAAUUAUUUAUCUCAGAAAGAUGGCAGAUCAGGGACUAGUUGACAGGAUGUCUUGGAAUAUCAUUAUAAGGGGCCUUUGUGAGCAUGAGAAUGUUGGAAAAGCAUUUGAAGUUAUUGGUAGAAUGAUUGUCUCUUCUUACAUGCCCGAGCAGGCCACUUAUUCUGCAAUUAUAAUUGGGUACUGUAAGAUGGGUUCAUGUGAGAAAGCUUUAGAAAUGUUCCGACUGGCCUGUGUCAAUAACAUGACUUUGGAUUCAGAAUCUUGCUCAGAAUUGAUUGAGGGUUUGUGUUAUGUAAAACAAGUACAGGAGGCCAUGGAAGUGUUUUACUAUAUUACUAACAAAGGCCUUAGUCUCACCUCUAACUCACUCAAUAUGUUGAUCCAAGAAUUUUGUCAUGCUGGAAGGGUGCAUGAAGCAAUUAGACUUCAUUCUCUUGCAGUUCAUAAAGGUACUUAUUGUAUUCCAGAUACAUACACUACUAUUUUGCUUGCAUUGUUGGAUCUGAACAAAGAAAAGGAUAUAUUAGCAUUCCUUUCACAAAUGUUGGUGGAAGGCUAUAAUCUAGAUGCAAGAAUAUACUGUAUUCUUAUAUGUGGUUUGUGUACCCACAGUACAGUGAGUAUGGCCGCUCUUUUAUUCAAUCAAAUGAUUCAUGAUGGCUUCAUUCCUGAUUCCAAAACAUUUGAAACUUUAGUGUUCAGUAUGGCUAAAUUUUCUCAAUUGCAUACAGUGGUGCAUAGCUUAGAGAAAAUAAUUAAUGAAAACAGAAUACUUAGUCCCACCGUAUGUAACAUGAUCAUCCAUGGCCUCUUGAAAGAGGGCCACAGAAAUGAGGCUUGUAAGUUUCUGGACCGGAUAAUAGAGAUGGGUUGGGUCCCAGAUGCUGAGACACAUGGAUUGUUGGUUGGAAGUUUCCAUGUACAAGAAAGGGAUGGAACUAUUGGGGUAUCUGAAGCUUCUGGGAAUGACAAUGUGAGCAACAUAUUGGCUGAAGGGCUGAACAAAUGUAAUGAACACAUGGUUCAAGAAUAAUGUAACAAUAUGCUGAAGUGUCAUAACUGCAUGCACGAGCUCUCAUUCAAGUUCCAAGUGCUUCCUCUCAUCCGGGUGAACUCCUCUUGUGGAGGCCUUGACCAUCCAUUAUCUUUAGAAGCUGCAAAAGGAAGCAGCUUGCCGUCAAGAUUGCCCUUAUCCUUUGUAUCAUCAUGGAAGGCCAUUCAUGGUUAUGAGGCAAGGCAAAGGAUUACUUAUUGUUAGACAUGUAUUAUUCAACAGUUCCUUCCCCACCACUUGCUGGACGUAAACCUACAUGUCAUGGUGGUUGCUUGGAUAGCACUCCUUGAUGGAUGGAUCUGGUCAUGGAGAAGGCCUUCUUUUGCGGUCAGAUUCAAGAAAAAAUUGCCAGAUGUCAAGAGAAACAGAAAUGUAAUGGAAGAGGUGCAGUCCGAGAUAUACCAAAAGCUUUACAUCCAUGGGAGUGCCGGCUCACCAUCUCCCCAACUGGGAGAGUGGACGUCAUAAUUUGUAGUAGCUUCUCAAUUUGAAAUUUUAAACUUUAUCAGUGAUAGUUGGGGUUUUGAUGGUUGGCAUGAAUGAUUAUUAGCAGUCCAAGUGUCGAGUUAUGAUAGCUUUGAUUUCAAAUGUGGUAUGGAAGAUGUUGUCUUUACUGUGCUCUAUAUCCACCAUCUGUUUCUAUCUCUAUCAUAACUCGUCUGUUCUAUCUCUGUUGUAAACCAUGAGAAAUUUAUUUGUUAUUCAUUCUGUUUUAUUAUUUGUGCUAAGGAGGAUUUGCUGUCUGAACUCCAAUAUUGCAACUUAAAGGAUCUAUGUUGUGUAA